AUGACACCCUAUAUGUUACAAAGGUAUGUUACAGCAUUGACACCUUAUCUGUUCCACAGGUCUGUCACUGCAAUGACACCCUAUCUGUUACAUAGGCCUGUUACAGCAAUGACACCCAAUCUGUUACAUAGGUAUGUUACAGCAAUGACACCCUAUCUGUUACAAAGGAAUGUUACAGCAAUGACACCCUAUCUGUUACAUAGACCUGUUAGAGCAAUGGCACCCAAUCUGUUACAUAGGUCUGUUACAGAAAUGACACCCUAUCUGUUACAAAGUUAUGUUACACCAAUUAAACCCUAUCUGUUACAAAGGUAUGUUACACCAAUGACACCCUAUCUGUUACAAUGGUAUGUUACAGCAAUGACACCGUAUCUGUUACAACAAUGACACCUUAUCUGUUACAUUGGCAUGUUACAGCAAUGACACCCUAUCUGUUACACAGGUCUGUUACAGCAAUGACACCCUAUCUGUUACAUAAGCCUAUUAAAGCAAUGACACCCUAUCUGUUACAUGGGCAUGUUACAGCAAUGACACCCUAUCUGUUCCACAGGUCUGUCACAUUAUGACACCAUAUCUGUUACAAAGGUCUGUUACAGUAAUGACACCCUAUCUGUUCCACAGGUCAGUCACAGCAAUGACACCCUAUCCGUUACACAGGUCUGUUACAGAAAUGACACCCUAUCUGUUACAAAGUUAUGUUACACCAAUUAAACCCUAUCUGUUACAAAGGUAUGUUACACCAAUUACACCCUAUCUGUUACAAAGGUAUGUUACACCAAUGACACCCUAUCUGUUACAAAGGUAUGUUACAGCAAUGACACCCUAUCUUUUACAAAGGUAUGUUACAGCAAUGACACCCUAUCUGUUACAAAUGUAUGUUAGAGCAAUGACACCCUAUCUUUUACAUAGGUCUGUUACAGAAAUGAAACUCUAUCUGUUCCACAGGUCUGUCACUGCAAUGACACCCUAUCUGUUACAUAGGACUGUUACAGCAAUAACACCCUAUCUGUUACACAGGCCUGUUACAACAAUGACAACCUAUCUGUUACAUAGGUGUGUUACAGCAAUGACACCCUAUCUUUUACAAAGGUAUGUUACAGCAAUGACACCCUUUCUGUUUCAUAGACCUGUUACAGCAAUGACACCCUAUCUGUUACAUAUGUCUGUUACAGCAAUGACACCCUAUCUGUUACAAAGGUAUGUUACACCAAUUACACCCUAUCUGUUACAAAGGCAUGUUACAGAAAUGACACUCUAUCUGUUACAAAGGUAUGUUACAGAAAUGACACCCUAUCUGUUACAAAGGUAUUUUACAUAAAUUACACCCUAUCUGUUACAAAGGUAUUUUACAGAAAUGACACCCUAUCUGUUACAAAGGUAUGUUACAGCAAUGACACCCUAUCUGUUACACAGGCCUGUUGCAACAAUGACAACCUAUAUGUUACAUAGGUAUGUUACAGCAAUGACACCCUAUCUGUUACAAAGGUAUGUUACAUAAAUGACACCCUAUCUGUUACAAAGGUAUGUUACAGCAUUGACACCUUAUCUGUUCCACAGGUCUGUCACUGCAAUGACACCCUAUCUGUUACAUAGGCCUGUUACAGCAAUGACACCCUAUCUGUUACACAGGCCUGUUACAACAAUGACACCCUAUCUGUUAUACAGGCCUUUACAACAAUGACAACCUAUCUGUUACAUAGGUGUGUUACAGCAAUGACACCCAAUCUGUUACAUAGGUAUGUUACAGCAAUGACACCCUAUCUGUUACAAAUGAAUGUUACAGCAAUGACACCCUAUCUGUUACAUAGACCUGUUAGAGCAAUGGCACAAAAUAUGUUACAUACAGUGAGGGAAAAAAGUAUUUGAUACCCUGUUGAUUUUGUACGUUUGCCCACUGACAAAGAAAUUAUCUGUCUAUCAUUUUAAUGGUAUGUUAAUUUGAACGUCCAGAAAAACGCAUGUAAAAAAUGUUAUAAAUUGAUUUGCAUUUUAAUGAGGGAAAUAAGUAUUUGACCCCCUCUCAAUCAGAAAGAUUUCUGGCUCCCAGGUAUCUUUUAUACAGGUAAUGAGCUGAAAUUAGGAGCACACUCUUAAAGGGAGUGCUCCUAAUCUCAGCUUGUUACCUGUAUAAAAGACACCUGUCCACAGAAGCAAUCAAUCAAUCAGAUUCCAAACUCUCCACCAUGGCCAAGACCAAAGAGCUCUCCAAGGAUGUCAGGGACAAGAUUGUAGACCUACACAAGGCUGGAAUAGGCUACAAGACCAUCGCCAAGCAGCUUGGAGAGAAGGUGACAACAGUUGAUGCGAUUAUUCGCAAAUGGAAGAAACACAAAAUAACUGUCAAUCUCCCUCGGCCUGGGGCUCCAUGCAAGAUCUCACCUCGUGGAGUUGCAAUGAUCAUGAGAACGGUGAGGAAUCAGCCCAGAACUACACGGGAGGAUCUUGUCAAUGAUCUCAAGGCAGCUGGGACCAUAGUCACCAAGAAAACAAUUGGUAACACACUACGCCAUGAAGGCCUGAAAUCCUGCAGCGCCCGCAAGGUCCCCCUGCUCAAGAAAGCACAUAUACAGGGCUGUCUGAAGUUUGCCAAUGAACAUCUGAAUGAUUCAGAGGAGAACUGGGUGAAAGUGUUGUGGUCAGAUGAGACCAAAAUCGAGCUCUUUGGCAUCAACUCAACUCGCCGUGUUUGGAGGAGGAAUGCUACCUAUGACCCCAAGAACACCACCCCCACCGUCAAACAUGGAGGUGGAAACAUUAUGCUUUGGGGGUGUUUUUCUGCUAAGGGGACAGGACAACUUCACUGCAUCAAAGGGACGAGGCCAUGUACUGUCAAAUCUUGGGUGAGAACCUCCUUCCCUCAGCCAGGGCAUUGAAAAUGGGUUGUGGAUGGAUAUUCCAGCAUGACAAUGACCCAAAACACACGGCCAAGGCAACAAAUGAGUGGCUCAAGAAUAAGCACAUUAAGGUCCUGGAGUGGCCUAUCCAGUCUCCAGACCUUAAUCCCAUAGAAAAUCUGUGGAGGCAGCUGAAGGUUCGAGUUGCCAAACGUCAGCCUCGAAACCUUAAUGACUUGGAGAAGAUCUGCAAAGAGGAGUGGAACAAAAUCCCUCCUGAGAUGUGUGCAAACCUGGUGGCCAACUACAAGAAACAUAUGACCUCUGUGAUUGCCAACAAGGGUUUUGCCACCAUGUACUGAGUCAUGUUUUGCAGAGGGGUCAAAUACUUAUUUCCCUCAUUAAAAUGCAAAUCAAUUCAUAACAUUUUUGACAUGCGUUUUUCUGGAUUUUUUUGUUGUUAUUCUGUCUCUCACUGUUCAAAUAAACCUACCAUUAAAAUUAUAGACUGAUCAUGUCUUUGUCAGUGGGCAAACUUACAAAAUCAGCAGGGGAUCAAAUACUUUCUUCCCUCACUGUAGGUCUGUUACAGAAAUGACACCCUAUCUGUUACAAAGUUAUGUUACACCAAUUAAACCCUAUCUGUUACAUAGGUAUGUUACACCAAUGACACCCUAUCUGUUACAAUGGUAUGUUACAGCAAUGACACCCUAUCUGUUACAACAAUGACACCUUAUCUGUUACAUGGACCUUUUUCAGCAAUGACACCCUAUCUGUUACAAAGGUAUGUUACAGCAAUGACACCCUAUCUGUUACAAAGGAAUGUUACAGCAAUGAAACCCUUUCUGUUUCAUAGACCUGUUACAGCAAUGGCACCCAAUCUGUUACAUAGGUCUGUUACAGAAAUGACACCCUAUCUGUUACAAAGUUAUGUUACACCAAUUAAACCCUAUCUGUUACAAAGGUAUGUUACAGCAAUGACACCCUAUCUGUUACACAGGACUGUUACAGAAAUAACACCCUAUCUGUUACACAGGCCUGUUACAACAAUGACACCCUAUCUUUUACAUAAGCCUAUUAAAGCAAUGACACCCUAUCUGUUACAUGGGCAUGUUACAGCAAUGACACCCUAUCUGUUCCACAGGUCUGUCACAUUAUGACACCAUAUCUGUUACAAAGGUCUAUUACAGCAAUGACACCCUAUCUGUUCCACAGGUCAGUCACAGCAAUGACACCCUAUCUGUUACACAGGUAUGUUACAUCAAUGACACCCUAUCUGUUACAUGGACCUUUUUCAGCAAUGACACCCUAUCUGUUACAAAGGAAUGUUACAGCAAUGACACCCUAUCUGUUACAAAGGAAUGUUACAGCAAUGACACCCUUUCUGUUUCAUAGACCUGUUACAGCAAUAGCACCCAAUCUGUUACAUAAGUCUGUUACAGAAAUGACACCCUAUCUGUUACAAAGUUAUGUUACACCAAUUAAACCCUAUCUGUUACAAAGGUAUGCUACACCAAUUACACCCUAUCUGUUACAAAGGUAUGUUACACCAAUGACACCCUAUAUGUUACAAAGGUAUGUUACAGCAAUGACACCCUAUAUUUUACAAAGGUAUGUUACAGCAAUGACACCCUAUCUGUUACAAAUGUAUGUUACAUAAAUGACACCCUAUCUGUUACAAACGUAUGUUACAGCAUUGACACCUUAUCUGUUACACACGUCUGUCACUGCAAUGACACCCUAUCUGUUACAUAGGACUGUUACAGCAAUGACACCCUAUCUGUUACAUAGGUGUGGUACAGCAAUGACACCCAAUCUGUUACAUAGGUAUGUUACAGCAAUGACACCCUAUCUGUUACAAAGGAAUGUUACAGCAAUGACACCCUAUCUGUUACAUAGACCUGUUACAGCAAUGGCACCCAAUCUGUUACAUAGGUCUGUUACAGAAAUGACACCCUAUCUGUUACAAAGUUAUGUUACACCAAUUAAACCCUAUCUGUUACAAAGGUAUGUUACACCAAUGACACCCUAUCUGUUACAAUGGUAUGUUACAGCAAUGACACCCUAUCUGUUACACAGGCCUGUUACAACAAUGACACCCUAUCUGUUACAUUGGCAUGUUACAGCAAUGACACCCUAUCUGUUACACAGGUCUGUUACAGCAAUGACACCCUAUCUGUUACACAGGACUGUUACAGAAAUAACACCCUAUCUGUUACACAGGCCUGUUACAACAUGGACACCCUAUCUUUUACAUAA